AAAGGAGCUCAGAGAAGGUGAGGGUAAGAAAAAUAUUCCGACAGAAGCGGGGAUUUUAUUCCGGUCUCAACCUCGAUCUUGUCACUCUUCACACCGGCACCUCUAUCUCCCCUUUGCCUCCGACACGAGUGUGAUGAUGUCUCAGUAGCUAACUAGGCGCCAUAACCAACGAGCUAGGACAUUGUUCUCACCGAAACGUUGCAAGCAUCGAAGUAGUGAAAUCGAAGUUCAUGGAAGAUAGGUCAGUUUUCUCUAAUGGUUCUUCCCUGGAUUGCCUUGGAGCUGAAACUGUUGGUGCAUUUCAUGGUAACGGUUUUUGCACUGUAAACGAUGAUCCUGUUGCUGACCAUGAAAUGGCGAAACAGCAACAUUUGUUUCGUGAGCUGUUUCCGAUUUACCUCAAGGAGAAUUCGUCUAGAGGCAUUGACCGGCCUGUGCCGGUGUUGCUUGGUGAUGGUCAAUUAGUGGAUUUGUACAAACUGUUCACCGCUGUGAAGGAAAGAGGAGGGUGUGCUGUGGUGUCGAGAAAAAGUUUGUGGGGGUGUGUGGCACAGGACUUAGGCUUAAACCUUGAGGUUUCGCCUUCGGUUAAAUUAGUGUAUCACAGGUAUCUCCAAGAGUUUGAAGGAUGGCUGAGGAGAACCUAUGAAGAGAGGAAAUUUGAAAAUGGGGAUCAUGGGGGCGAUUGGGGCUUUAACUCUUUGCCAUUGGAUUUGGAAAAGGAGUUUAGAGGCCUAUUGUCCUCUAACCCAAAGGAAGAGGAGACUGAACUUGUGCCGUCGGAAUCGGAUAAAAUUAUGAAGUACAUUGAUUUGGUGAACGAUAAGAGUGAUACUCACAUGUCGGACGCCGAAAAUGAAAACAAAUGUGAAGGUUUGCAGCUUGUUGAUGGGAAUGGUGAUGCAAAAUUAUGCAAUGGCGGUGGUGAGGAUGGUCCUUCUACCUUGGAUUCAGAAAAUGCUGAGAAGGAAUUCAACUCUCGCAAACGCAAAAGGGAAGAAUUCUCAGGAAUGCUAAACUGGAUCAGGAAUAUUGGAAAGCGUCUUCUUGAUCCCUUACCACAACCAAUACCAAAACCAUCAAAGUUGAAGGAGUAUAAAGGCCAAGACUUUUUUGGUCUGACACUGAGGGCAAGAGAGGCUCUCUUGGUGCACAAGCAUGAAGAACCAAACAGUGAAUCAUCUUCUUUGCAGAAGCAGAAGAUGCAUCCUAACAUGUAUGAGGAUCAUGUUGCUGAGGAUCAUGCUGCUGGGGAUCAUGUUGCCCGUGGUCAUCAAGGUACAAUGGCGUUGAGAAGUAGUAAAAGGCUCACCUCUGGUCAAAAACACCUGUGCCCUAGCUGCAUUACGUGGAUAGUGUGUACCUCUGGUAAUAGUCACCAGUGCCCUAACUGCGAUUGGUUUUUAAUAUGUCCUCUGAAGAAAAUUGACGAGGCUCCUCUGAAGAAAACUGGCGAGGCUCCUCUGAAGAACUCUGACAAGGCUCCUCUGAAGAAAACUGGUGGGGCUUCUCUGAAGAAAUUUGGUAAUGCUCGUCCAAAGAGAACUGAUAAAAAAGCUUAUGGGGCUUAUUUUAUCCAAAGGCAAGCAGAACUCCCGCAAUGGACUGGUAAAGUUUCUGAGAGCGACGACACUAAAUGGUCUGGUACACGGGUGUGGCCUUCGAAACAUGACGCAGAAACUGCUACUGAAACCGAUCCUAUUGGGAGAGGAAGACAGGAGAACUGCAGCUGCAAAAUUCCAGGUUCUGUGGAAUGCGUCAGGUUUCACAUAGCAGAGAACAGGAUCAAACUGAAUCGGGAAGUGGGUUUCGCUGCAUUUUACCUAUGGGGUUUCAAUUCCAUGGGUGAGGAAGUGUGUCUUCAGUGGACACCCGAAGAAGAAAAGAGAUUUAAGGCUAUCAUGGGGUAUAAACCCUCCUUCAUCGACAAGUUUUGGGCAGUGGACAAUGUGUCCAAACACUUUCGAAAGAAGACAAGAAGAGAUGCCGUAGGCUAUUUCUUCAAUGUCUUUAUCCUUCAACUAAGAAGCUACCAGAAUCGGGUGACUCCAGAGGAGAUUGAUAGUGAUGAUGAAGAAGGAUUUGAAUUUGGAUCUUUCACUGGUUUCGGGAUGGAAGCUGUCAAGGGUCUAGGCCCAGGUGAUGAUUUCAUGGAGUGUGUAGAGAACAAGCAGUGCUUUGAUUUUGAGAGUGUAGAGAACAAGCCGUGCUCUGAUUUGGAGUGUGUAGACAACAAGCAGUGCUCUGAUAUGGAGAUGUAGACAACAAAGAGUGCUCUGAAGAGCAGAUGAAAGUGUUACCUUGAUAAACCAUUUUGAGGUUGAGACAAUGUUUUUUUUCUGGGUUGGACUUGCAUAAAACUCAUGGAUGCAUUCUCAGCAUUAGGAAAUUUUCUUUUUAACAUAGACAGGAAAUAGAUAGAAAAAAGUGAGGCUGGAAGUUACUAUAGAGGUGUUCUUGACUCUCUGACUUCCCAUAGUGAAGAACUUGCUGAAGCUGCCAUUAAUUUUGUUGGAGAUGGCUAUGUUUGUUGCUUGAAAUGGCAGUUUAAUUCAGUACUUCUUGUAGGUUGCGCUGUUGGUCCUGUAGAACUAGUUCUUUAGUCCGAACUGAUGCUUUCAUUUUCAUGGUUGUUACUUUGUAUUCUGUACAUUUAAGUUUACAAAUUUUAUCUGGGGAAAUGGAGCACCUUUUGCUUUCUUAAAGUCUGAAAGAGCUCAUUUGAGCUUAUUUUCUA